AUGUAUCUCAAGUCGCAUGCGAUUUGUUGCAAGGUCUAUAAAUACCAAAAGUACAGAAUCGGCCUCUUGCAGACGGCAGCACAAUCAGAGGCUAAGUUCGCGCGCGUUGAAUGCUGCACUGAACGAGAGCACGUAGCGACUCUGCGGUUGAUCAUGCGCGCGCUGUUUCGAGUCGCUAACCUGCUGCUGAUAUACGCUUCACUCAUUGAGAACGGCUCGCUGAUGCAGAUCUACGUGUGGUACACGCUCGCCUACAUCGUGGUCGGGGUGCCGGUUGCCAUCGCGGACAUGCUGCUGGGGGUCAAGCAUGAGGAGCGUGUCGCCGUCGACUUUGUUACUGAGAUCAUGUUCCUCUUCGUGUUGUCUCGGUGUCUCCCUCUAGUGAACACCUACAGAAUACAAUUGACUGAAUUGGAGCGAGCGAAGUGGUGACUACGAUAUUUAAGUAAGCAGCAAGCUG